AUGCAGAAUGUUCAGCAACAACCCAACUACUGGAGCUUUAAGAGCCGCAGUCCACGGCAUUCCCAGUCCACCCAGUCCGGGCUGGCCGAGCAGGCCGCCAAGCUCUCCUUCGCCUCCGCCGAGUCCCUGGAGACCAUGUCGGAAGCCGACAUCCCCGUCGGCUUCAACCGGAUGAACCGGUUUCGCCAGAGCUUGCCGCUGUCCCGCUCCGCCAGCCAGAACAAGCUGCGAUCUCCAGGCGUGCUGUUCCUGCAGUACGGCGACGAGACGCGCCGCGUCCACAUCACCCACGAGCUGAGCAGCCUGGACACGCUGCACGCCCUCAUCCUGCACAUGUUCCCUCAGAAGUUGACGGCGGGCAUGCUGAAGUCGCCCAACACGGCCAUCUUGAUCAAGGACGAGGCGCGCAACGUCUUCUACGAGCUGGAGGACAUCCGGGACAUCCAGGACCGCAGCAUCAUCAAGAUUUACCGCAAAGAGCCCAUCUACGCGUCGUACCCUGCUGCCGCACACCUGGCCAACGGAGACCUGAGGAGGGAGAUGGUGUACUCCUCUCGCGACUCCUCCCCGACCCGCCGCCUCAACAGCCUCCCCUCCUCCGCGGCCCCGGCCUCCUCCGGCUCCCCGUCGCGCUCGCGCCUCUCCUACAGCGCCGGCCGCCCUCCAUCCUUCGCCGGGUCCCAGCACGAGCAGCCGCGCCACCCCCACCACCCCGCGGCCGGGCACGCCGCCAACGCCGGCCUGUCCCCGUCGCCCAGCGCCAUCCUGGAGCGCCGCGACGUGAAGCCCGACGAAGAAGUGUCCGCCAAGAACAUGGCGCUGAUGAAGAGCGAGGGGCUGUACGCGGACCCCUACAGCCUGAUGCACGAGGGCCGCCUCAGCAUCGCCUCCACCCAGUCGCUGGCGGCCAUCGGAGACCCCUUCGGCUUCCCGGUCACCAGCGGCCUGUACCGCCGCGGCUCCGUGCGCUCCCUCAGCACCUACUCCGCCGCCGCGCUGCAGGGGGACCUGGAGGACUCCCUCUACAAGCCCGGAGGCUCGCUCUACUCCGACGCGUACUCCUCGGCCACCCUGGGGAUGGGCUUUCGCAUGCCGCCCUCGUCCCCGCAGAAGAUCCCCGACAUGCUGAUGAGGGACAGGGACUCGUAUUCCGGCUCCCCCAGCAGGGCCUCGCCCGUCAGGCAGACCUUCCGCAAGGACUCGGCCUCCUCCUCCGUGUUUGUGGAGAGCCCCAAGUCGAGGCCCAGCUCCGGCUCGGAGCCUCUGUGCCUGACGGCCGGGCCCGGGGAGGGCGGCAGGGCCACGCCCGGCUUCGGUUCCUCCAUGUCUGGACAGGACCCAGACAGCAGCAGGGACCAUCGCCUGGAGCGUAUGGAGGCGAUGGAGAAGCAGAUAGCCAGCCUCACUGGCCUGGUCCAGAGUGUGCUGACCAGGGCGCCAGACAGCGACAGCACAUGCGGCCUGCUGCGUCUCUGCAUGAUGGCGGGCGGCUGCCCUCCGGACCAAGGGACGGAGUUCUCACGGCCAUUACCUUUCUCUUCCAGCGAGAAGACCGAUACCAACAGUGACGGCUCCGCCACCGGAACUGGACGGCUGAAGCAGAAAGCUCACACCCCGUCGGCCCCUCUCGCUCUGAUGCCGCCGCCCCCUUCCAACACGACGCCGGUGAACGGCGCCUCGCGCCUGCAGAUGCAGCUCCACCUGCACGGCCUGCAGCAGAACGCCACCGACCUGCGCAAACAGCUCGGCCAGCUGCGCAAGACGCAGAUGGAGAACCAAAAUUCAGUCCAAACUCUGCUGAAGCGGACGGAGGCGGAGCUGAAGGUGCGCGUGGCCGACGCCCUGAGGAAGCAGGAGGAUCCCCUGCAGAGACAGCGCCUCCUGGUGGAGGAGGAGAGGCUCAAGUACCUCAACGAGGAAGAGCUCAUCAUCCAGCAGCUCCACGACCUGGAGAAGUCCGUGGAGGAGAUCCAGAAGGAGUCGUCUGUCAACCACAAGCUGGUGCCGGUGCCGGAGCUGGAGGAGAAGGCCGCUCUUCUGAGGAAGCUGGGAGAAACACUCACGGAGCUGAAAAAUCAGUUCCCGAGUCUGCAGAGCAAGAUGCGGGUGGUGCUCCGGGUGGAGGUGGAAGCCGUCAAAUUCCUGAAAGAAGAGCCUCACAGGCUCGACGCCCUUUUAAAACGCUGCAAGACGAUAACCGACACCCUCGCCACCCUGCGCAGACAAGCUAACGAGGGCGUGUGGAAGAAGCAGGAGGACCUCUCCGGUCCCCCAUCCAAGCACAACGACGACCCGCGGAAGUACUCGGACUUCGACGUCCCCUCCGGCCCGCUGCUGUCCAUCAAUGACCUCGGCGUGGGCAACAGCCUGUCCAACUGGAGCCCCCACUCCAGCCUCAGCCGAGGCUCUCACAAGAACAACCAUCCUCCGGUCCCCCACAAGGGCAAAGCCCUGGAGGAGCUGGAGCGCCGGGCUUUAGCCGACAAAGCUCUAUCCGUGGAGGUCCGACUGGCGGCAGAGCGGGACUGGGAGGAGAAGCGGGCCAGUCUGACCCAGUACAGCGCCCAGGACAUCAAUCGGUUGCUGGAGGAGACCCAGGCCGAGUUAUUGAAAGCUAUUCCGGACCUGGACUUCGCCGCCAAGCAGAUCAAGCCCUCCUCCAACGCGGCGUCCGCCCAGAACCUGCAAAGCGGGACGGGGGCGCCGGAUCACCGCGUCAGCAAGCCCCAGCACAAGCUGUCCGGCAAAGAGGGAGGAUCCCGGCGGGGCUCUGAUGAGCUGACGGUACCGCGAUAUCGCACAGAGAAGCCCUCCAAGUCUCCUCCUCCCCCGCCGCCUCGGCGCAGUUUCCCGUCUUCUCCGGGCCUCACCAGCCGCAGCGGAGAGCCCCUCAUUCCUGGAAAAAGCAUCAAGAAGUCGGAUUCUGAGGAGCCCGAAGCCCAGAAGCUGCACGUGAAGCUGAGGAGGGCCGUGUCGGAAAACCCCCGCCCUGCGUCCACACCCCCCACCCUGGCCUCCGGGGACAAGGAGGGGAGAGAGGAGGAGAAAAUCGCCGCCGAGCUAGAGAUCCCCGGCAGACAGAUGGACCCUGAUUGGUUGGAGGUGGCGGAGCUGACGGAGCACGGAGUCAACCAACGGCAGAUUUUCGGGGGUUACAUCGGCGGGCCGCUGUGUUUGCGUCCCGCUUUCAGAACCUCCCUUUUGCCUCCACAGCUGUUUGAGAGAGCCCCUCCUCCCCUUUUCCGCCCCCGCAGCAGCAGGAUGGGCGCACCACCCCUCUGCAGCCCGGAGGCCCCGGGCCCUGAGGGAAGCCGCUCGCCUCCCGGGCAGCGCGCCUUCCACCGGGCCGCCCUUUCAGAGGGGACGGAUUCCCCGCAGCGGGAGCACGGCUGCCUCUGGCGGGAAGUGGCGUUCAGACCGGAGGUCGCCCUGCUCCUGACGCGGCUGGAGGUGAGGGCGGUGUCUCCGGCGGAGGCCCGGGAGUUCAGCAGGACUUUGGGACCCGCUCUGCUGACCCUCAUCAUUUCCCCGCACACUCCCACACCAGUCCCCGAGGUCCAGCUGUGGUUCCGGCCGCUGCUGGUGCUCCUCGCGGGCGGGGGGGACGUCAGGGACGCCUACGAGACGCUGCAUUCCCUUUUGGAGUCGUCCAAACCCGGAGUGAGGGGCUCCCUCCAGCAGAGCUCUCUGGCGGAGGUUCUGAGGAGGGGGAUGGAGACGGGGGAUCCCGUGCUGACGCUUCGCCGCGGGGACGGGGCCGAGACCCCCUCGGCGGACGCGGAGCCGCCCGGCGAGGACGGCCGGAGGACGGCGAGAGACGCCUACAGGAGGAUGGACAGCUUGGAGGAAACCAUCCGCGAGCUGGAGAACACGCUGAUGGAGAUCAGUGGCCACGCGGCGGCCGAGCAGCUCCACGCCGAGACUGCGGCGAGCGGCGGUCCCACCUCGAAGCCGCCGGUCCCCCCCAAGCCGUCCCCCUUCAGGCCGCCGUCCGUCCAGGGCGGGAACAGCUCGAGCCUCGGGAAGGUCCUCCACUCCUCGGCCGCCUCCAAGCUGAAGCACCUGCAGCAGAACAGCACAGACAAGACCAAGAGCGGCAGAAGGGAGGACUUCCUGAAGAGCCACGGCCAGCAGCAGGCCUUGGGGACCAGCAGCACCGGUAUUGAUCCGCUCCUCUCCGGUAUCAAAGCGGGACUCCUCUCGGGCCGAGUGGCCCCUCCCGCGGCAGCGUUUACCCCCGGCCUGAGGAAGUACCCCCAGGAGGGGGCGCCCUCCUCCAGCCAAGCCAAGGCCCUGCUGGUGAGCCUGUCGGCCUCCGGGCUGAGCGCCGAGGCGCUGCUCCUCUCCUCCACCCUCCGCCAUCGCCGCCUCCUACGGGAGCAGCGGGCGUCCUCCCUGCCGCUGCCCGGCAGCCGCUCCUCUCCCGGCACCCCCCACCGCCUCGUCCCCCACCUCCUCCUCCUCUUCGCCCACCACCCCGACCCCCUCCCUCUCCCCCUCCUCCCCCACCUCUUUGGCUUCCCUCUCCGCCGCAGCUCCCAAACCCAGCGGGUGUAGCUCCAGCCUCAACAGCAGCAAGGAGAGGGGCAGCGUGAAAACGGACCUGGCCUCUGGCAGCUCUCGCUGAGGAGGAGGAGGAGGAGAGGGAGGAGGAGGAGGAGGAGGACACGGAAGGAUUCAAGCACCAUCACACCAUAAAGAGGCACAUGAUGACAAAUCUACACUAUGGGACCUUCCAGCGCUGUCUGGUUUAUUUUUCUUCUUCUUUUUUUCUCCUCUUAUUACCUUUGGCCUCUCCAGUAAGUUUUCACAUCUUCAUGGCGAGGACUCACAAACAUAAAAAACACAAAAAGUCACAAGUUUCCUACUCUGAUCCGGCCCCCUCCCCCCCCUCCCCACGCCGUACAUACUGCCAGUUUGCCGGGUGGCGAUUGCACAAACGGGCCCCCCCUCCUCCGCCUACAGGGUGGAUUCAGCGGCAGCAGCAGCCUUGCGGGGGGGGGGG